AUGAACACCGACUAUGAAAGCUACGACAACCAGUACGAGACGAUACGCCUCGCCGUAGAAGCAGAACAAUCGGCGCUUCUCCGCAUUUUACGGAGACAACCCUCAAUAUCCGUCGAGCUGGCCCCGUUUCUGCUGAUCGGGAUGGCCAUUUGCGAUUGUUUACAACUGAUCUCGCACUCAUUUUCGGGGUAUUUGAUGGCUACCGAUUUCUAUGCCAGCACGUCUGAUAAGAAUAUGCGCUGGCUGUUCGGCGCCGGGGUGACGAUCGGCUGGAAUGGGACGGCGUUUAGCCUCUGCCUAUUCUCACUUCAUCGAGCGCUUUUCCUGGCAAAGCCCGGGCUAGCGGCUAGGAUAUUCUCGAAACUCGUCAAUCGGUGGCGCUUCCGGAAGCCGCGGGACAAUUUUAUCCUCGUCGAGCUCCUCAUUUUCUGGCUAUUCGCCGUGGCCACCUGGGCCCUAUGGACGUUUAUGCCGCAAAAUGGGUCCCGCAACGCUGCGGCCACCUACGGAUUACGCUACGUGUGCAACGUGUUGCUGUGGAUGUUGUGGAACGUACUAAAACCGGCGGCCGCGCUCAGCCGCUCCGCCUACCGCAAAAUCGAGCGCCUCCUGGCGGCGCGCGGCCGCCAGAAGAUGAUCAGUCCCCAGCCGGCAUUACACGUUCUAUAU